ACACUUGUUGGUGAAGCCAUCACCAAGGUUCAAAUUUCUAGUGGACCUUUGAGCUCGCAGCCUUCUUAAAAGAGAAAGAAUAUGAGAAAUAAUUAAUGAAUAUUUACAGAAGACCAUUUUGAUUUUUGGUUCCAGGUGUACAGAUAAGAAGAGGGGUAUACUCUAAAUGGAGGAGCUGCCAAAAUGGAGAAUUCAGAGGAAAUAUUUAGGAACAAAUGGAUGAAUGCAGGUGUACAGAUAAGAAGAGGGGUAUACUCCAAAUGGAGGAGCUGCCAAAAUUGAAAAUUCAGAGGAACAAAUGGAUGAAUGCAGGUUUUUAUAACUGAGGCCCCUGUGUGCAUCAGAUCAGUUGUUAUUGCAAAAGAAUCAAAUAGAUUAGACUUGUGGCAGCCGUUCUGGAAUUGGAUCAGAGAUUCCACAUAUUCAGAAAUGGAGGAAUCUGAAACUAGUAAUCUUAAGGAAGAGGUUGCAGUUGAAGGACCAACUAGAAAAGGAUGGCUCGAUUAUUGAUGGGAGCCUUAUGAAUGGUUGGCUACGCUUGCCAGAGAAUUGCAUGGGAGUUUUGUGUUUGGAGUGGUGGUUGUUUAUGGAGUUAGUCAAGGGCUCGGAAGAGCAUUCUACCGGAUAGUUUCAUCUUAAUAUUAGAAAGAUGUGCAGAAGGUCCAGCCAUCUGCAGCACAAGCGUAACAAGGGAUCAUAUCCCUUCCGUGGAUUGUGAAACCGGUUUGGGGUUUGCUCACAGAUGUUCUCCCAGUUGCAGUAUAUCAGCGCCGCCCUUUUUCAUCCUUGCAGGUUUUAUGGGGCUGAUCUCGAUACUGGUCAUCUCCCUACAUAGUAUGAUGCCCAUUUUCAUUACAGUGAUGCUGCCUAUGGCUGCAACUGGCAGUGUUGCCAUUGCAGAUGUUAUUAUGGAUGCUUGUAUAGCCAUAAACAGUAUUCACUAUCUACUCUUGGCAUCUGAUAUGCAGAGUUUAUGCGGCACGAGCUCAUCAAUUGGAGCACUUGUAGGUUUCUGCACAAGUGGUGUGGCAGUACAUCACCUUAGUGCUCAGGUUCUGAUUUAUAUAUUUCUCUCUCCUAACGGACAGUUGGCGUGUUGUUUCUUUGAUGAUCUGAAACCCGGUGCUGGAAAUUUACUCAAAGUUAUGAUUAUCUUUGUUUAAGAAUUCCAUAGCAUGAUGUGGAAAUGGUAAAAUAUUCUAUACCACCAUCCUCAGAGUUUGAUUGAUGGGUAGGGCCGAGGAGUAAAAUAAUAUAUUGUUGGAGAUGAUUUUAUUGGAUGCAUGUUUAUCAACACUUGAUAUGGCCCGUGCAUAUUUUCUUAUACGGAGCAUUAGGAUUACUCUACAUCCCAGCUAUAAUGCUCCUAUUCCUUGGAUUUAUUUUAUAUGAAACCUCGUCUUACUAACUACGCACACAAGCAGAAUUUGUUGGAGGCAACCCAGACUAUGUGGAAAGCUAUAAAAUGCCCUGAAGUAUGGAGACCUUCUCUCUACAUGUACAUACCACUAGCUAUGAGUUUGAAUAUCCAGGAAGGUAAAUUUUACUGGUAUACAGAUCCCAAAGUUGGCCCAGCAUUCUCUCAGGAAUUUGUGGGUAUAAUAUUUUCCAUUGGCUCAAUGGGGUCACUUCUUGGAGUGCUAGCGUAUCAUAAAGUGUUGAAGGAUUAUUCAUUCCACAGCCUGCUUUUAUGGGCUCAGCUGAUAUUUGGAUUUGCAGGAAUGCUUGACCUAGUCAUGGCGUUACGCUUGAAUCUAAAGCUAGGCAUCCCUGAUUACUUCUUUGUUAUAACUGAUGAGAGUUCAUUGCAUAUCAUUAAAUCGAUCAAAUGGAUGCCUAUGCUUGUACUCAGUGCAAAACUUUGCUCUUCCGGCAUAGAAGGCACAUUUUUUGCUUUGCUCAUGUCCAACGACAACUUUGGACUUCUCUCAUCUUCAUGGGGUGGAUGUUUGCUGCUUCAUCUACUUAAUGUAACUCAUACAAAUUUUAGAAAUCUCUGGUUGGCAAUUCUGAUCAGAAACAUCAUGAGGGUUUUACCUUUGGUGAUGCUGUUUUUGGUGCCCAAAAGUGAUCAGUCAUCUACCCUUCUUCCUUCUCGAUUAAUCCAAUAAUCGGAUGGCACUGAUACAUGUGAAGAGGAGAAUAUUCAGUUGGUAUCGACAAUUCAGAAUAAUCAAGUAUAGAUUCUGAUCACAGCCCAAAAAUGAGAAUUUUUUUCAAAUCAAUUUUCUAAAUCUGCAUGCCUUUUCUCCCCAUCAUCUGAUUACUAAUAUUAUCACUUUAAAACCAUGGUUUUAUGAGAAACAAAAGGACUUUGAUGAUGUAGCAUGUUGCUAUGAAUGGCAAUGAUGGGAAUGUCUUGAAUUUUAGUGUAGGGAGAUCUGUCAGCAUACAGUUCACUGGGAAGCACCUUUUGAGAUGAUUGUUUGGUAUCAGAUCAUUCCACACGUAGUAUUUAUGCAGGACAAACAGGGUGAAAUGUAUGCUCCAUUCCCGAUCCUGCAUCAUAUGGUAGAAGAACUGAAAGCUGCAUUUCUCUAUAAAGGAAAAACCGUAAAUGUUAUUUUUUAAGUCAAAACCUAGCCAGCAUCCCUCGUUGUAUAUGAAACCCUUGUGGGAAGAAGGGUACCUUUCCAUUUUUA